GGCAGUGUGAUGGCCCUGGACGGCGAGCGGGGGGAGCCAGAGGAGGAGAAGAAAAAGAAGAAGAAAAAGAAGAGGAAGAAGAAGAAGGAGGAGGAGGAGGAGGAAGAAGAGGAGGAAGAAGAGGAGGAGGAAGAGAAGCGCAGCUCACCCUCGGCGGCCACCAUGGGAGAGAACGCCUCAGGCGGCAAUAGGGGGCUCUCGGACCCUUGGGCGGACUCCGUCGGGGGGCGACCCAGGACCACCGAGCGCCACAUCACGGUCCACAAGCGGCUGGUGCUGGCCUUCGCCGUGUCCAUCGUGGCGCUGCUGGCCGUCACCAUGCUCGCCGUGCUGCUCAGCCUGCGCUUCGACGAAUGUGGCCCCAGGACAGCGCUGGGCGCCGACGGUGCCAGCCCCGCGGGCUUCCCCGCGCGCGCUGCCAAUGGCACCAUCUCGGGGUCCACCCCGCGCCACCGUGCCACCGGCGCCGAGGAUGCCCCGCAGCCCGGAUCUAGCGGGGAGGCCACUCCGGGGACCCCGGGGUCUCCCUCCACCCAGCCCCAGCAGCCGUCGGAAGAGGAGAAGGAGGAGCAGAGCGAGCAGUGGCAGCGACCCUGGACCCAACUGCGCCUGUCCGGCCACCUCAAGCCCUUGCACUACAAUCUGAUGCUCACCGCCUUCAUGGACAACUUCACCUUCUCCGGGGAGGUCAACGUGGAGGUCCAGUGCAGGAAUGCCACCCGCUACGUCGUGCUGCACGCUUCCCGGGUGGCCGUGGAGAGAGUGCAAGUGGCGGAGGACCGGGCGGCCGGGGCUGUCCCCGUGGCGAGCUUUUUCCUCUACCCCCAAACGCAGGUCUUGGUGGUGGUGCUUAACCGGACCCUGGACGCGCACAGGAACUAUAACUUAAAGAUCAUCUACAAUGCCCUCAUUGAAAAUGAACUCUUGGGCUUCUUCCGCAGCUCCUACGUGCUCCACGGGGAGAGAAGAUUCCUUGGUAUUACUCAGUUUUCACCUACACAUGCCAGAAAGGCAUUUCCUUGUUUUGAUGAACCCAUCUACAAAGCGACUUUCAAAAUCAGCAUCAAGCAUCAAGCAACCUAUUUGUCUUUAUCCAAUAUGCCAGUGGAAACUUCUGUGUUUGAGGAAGAUGGAUGGGUUACAGAUCACUUUUCACAGACCCCUCUCAUGUCUACGUAUUAUUUAGCCUGGGCAAUUUGCAACUUCACCUUCAGAGAAACUAUCACCAAGAGUGGGGUUAUAGUAAGAUUAUAUGCAAGACCCGACGCUAUCAGAAGAGGAUCUGGGGACUAUGCUCUGCAUAUAACAAAGAGACUGAUAGAAUUUUAUGAAGACUACUUUAAAGUGCCCUAUUCCUUGCCAAAACUAGAUCUUCUAGCUGUGCCUAAGCAUCCGUAUGCUGCUAUGGAGAACUGGGGACUAAGUAUAUUUGUUGAACAAAGAAUACUGCUGGAUCCCAGUGUUUCAUCUAUUUCUUAUUUGCUGGAUGUCACCAUGGUCAUUGUUCAUGAGAUAUGUCACCAGUGGUUUGGUGAUCUCGUGACCCCUGUUUGGUGGGAAGAUGUGUGGCUAAAGGAAGGUUUUGCCCACUACUUUGAGUUUGUUGGUACAGACUACCUCUACCCUGGCUGGAACAUGGAAAAACAGAGGUUUUUAACAGAUGUUCUGCAUGAAGUGAUGCUGCUCGAUGGCUUGGCCAGUUCCCAUCCAGUAUCCCAGGAAGUGCUGCGGGCAACGGACAUUGACAGGGUGUUUGACUGGAUCGCAUAUAAAAAGGGUGCUGCUUUAAUUAGAAUGCUGGCUAAUUUUAUGGGCCAUUCAGUCUUUCAAAGGGGCUUGCAAGAUUAUUUAACCAUUCAUAAGUAUGGUAAUGCAGCCAGAAAUGAUCUCUGGAAUACACUAUCAGAGGCUUUAAAAAGGAAUGGAAAAUAUGUAAAUAUACAAGAAGUAAUGGAUCAGUGGACACUCCAGAUGGGUUAUCCUGUUAUCACCAUCUUGGGAAACACAACAGCAGAAAAUAGAAUAAUAAUUACGCAACAGCAUUUUAUUUAUGAUAUCAGUGCUAAAACUAAAGCACUCACACUUCAGAAUAACAGUUACCUGUGGCAGAUUCCAUUAACGGUUGUGGUCGGGAAUAGAAGCCAUGUGUCUUCAGAAGCAAUCAUUUGGGUGUCUAACAAAUCAGAGCACCAUAGGAUAAAUUCUUUGAAUAAAGGCAGCUGGUUGCUGGGAAAUAUCAACCAAACUGGUUAUUUUAGAGUCAACUAUGAUUUAAGGAAUUGGAGAUUAUUAAUUGACCAAUUAAUCCGGAAUCAUGAGGUCCUUUCUGUCAGUAAUCGAGCAGGUUUGAUUGAUGAUGCCUUCAGUCUAGCCAGAGCUGGCUAUUUGCCUCAGAAUAUUCCUCUGGAGAUUAUAAAAUACCUGUCGGAGGAGAAGGAUUUUCUUCCUUGGCAUGCUGCCAGCAGAGCUCUUUAUCCCCUGGAUAAAUUACUGGAUCGCAUGGAGAAAUACAAUGUCUUCAAUGAAUACAUUUUAAAGCAAGUUGCAACAACAUACAUCAAGCUUGGGUGGCCCAAAAACAAUUUUAAUGGAUCUCUUGUUCAAGCAUCCUACCAACAUGAAGAACUUCGCAGGGAAGUUAUAAUGCUGGCGUGCAGUUUUGGCAAUAAGCACUGUCACCAACAGGCAUCAACACUUAUUUCAGAUUGGAUUUCUAGCAACAGGAACAGAAUUCCAUUAAAUGUGAGAGACAUCGUCUACUGUACAGGAGUUUCACUACUAGAUGAAGAUGUCUGGGAAUUCAUAUGGAUGAAAUUCCACUCGACCACAGCAGUUUCUGAGAAGAAAAUAUUAUUGGAAGCCUUAACAUGCAGUGAUGACAGGAAUUUACUCAACAGGCUUCUGAACCUAUCUCUGAAUUCAGAAGUGGUGCUGGAUCAAGAUGCAAUUGACGUAAUUAUACAUGUAGCUCGAAAUCCACAUGGCCGAGAUCUUGCCUGGAAAUUUUUCAGGGAUAAGUGGAAGAUUCUAAAUACCAGGUAUGGAGAGGCAUUAUUUAUGAAUUCCAAACUUAUCAGUGGCGUUACAGAAUUUCUUAACACUGAAGGAGAACUCAAAGAGCUCAAGAACUUCAUGAAGAACUAUGAUGGCGUAGCUGCUGCCUCUUUUUCAAGAGCCGUGGAGACUGUAGAAGCCAAUGUCCGCUGGAAAAUGCUGUAUCAGGAUGAACUUUUCCAGUGGCUAGGAAAAGCUCUGAGACAUUGAUAGGCCUCACUCAGAAACAGUUCAUGACAGCA